CCCCUGUCUGUGCGGACGGAAGUCCUCGCGAGAUGUAGAUUGGCAGACCCCUGUCUCUGGUAACGCCAGGCUGCCGUUUUUUCGCGGUGUGAUUUUUCUUUUCCCGCCGAAAUCCCGCGAGAUUCGUUCCCGGUGAUCGGCACUACUUGAGUAAAGCGAAGAAUCGCUGUCACACCUACUAUAGUUUGCGUUGUAGAGUUAAGUGCAAACAGAGGGAGUAGAGGCCGCAACGUGCUUGCAGAAGGCAGGAGCCCCCAGUCAUACAGUAUUUCAAAGAGAAUCUUGUCGCCUUCCAAUUAAAAAGAACCUAGGCCACUAUUACCCUCACGAGAGAACGUGGUUUAUUCUACAUGUGUGCCUGUCCAAGAAAUGUCUCUCGAUAAACUAAAUCUGUAAAACACAUGCAAUUUGUAACUCCCCUUCAUCAGCCUAUGGGAUGUCUGUGAAAUCUUUUACGUGAUGAUAUAUUGUGUGUGAGGUUGCUACAUUGUGUUUAACCUUAAAAAUUCAAGACUGGAUACCAAAGCAACAAAGGCUUCAACACUGCAAUUAAAUACACAAGCAAACUGGAGUAAUCAACUGCUGGAUUAUUGGGGAUCAUCCAAGUGUCGACUUCUGCUACUUUUAACUGUGGAAUGGUUAAUCUUUGUAUUUAUGAAGUAAUGCAUGGUGUAUCUGGCUCACCCAAGGAAAAUGAACAAAUAGCUCAUGCAAAGAUCAGAGUACCUCUACUCUGAUAGUGACAACAAAUAAUUUGUAACCUAAAAUAAUACUUCUGGAAAUAUAUGAGUUUUGUGGAGCCCUUAUUUUUGUUUUGUUCCAGCAAGGAUACUAACCUCAUGAGAAGAAUAACUGGCCAAAUGGAUUUUGUGUUUUAUGGAGGGAGGGCAGCUUCUACAGUCUGUUAAUUUUAUCAGAUAUCUGCAGACUGGCUGAGAUUACCUCUAUGUAGAAACAAAAAGUUUGUCACUUUUGUAAAUGAGGGAAGAGUUGGGGUAUAUUGGAUAGAGGGGGUUGUUCUUCCUUUUUAUUUUUUUUAUUAUCUUUCUGAGUUACGUUUUAUAAUUCAAUUUGAAAGGAGGCUCCACUUGUUUUGUGGGGUUCUCCCCUUCCCCCACCCCUGUUUUUCCCCCCUUCCUCUACCAACUAAUAGAGGAAUGCCAAAUUUAGAGCGGCAUGGGAACAAGAAGGACAGUGGAGGGUCAAUAUCUAUCAUGUCACAGAACAGUGGUAGUUCCAAUAACAGAGAGAAACAGAGGACUAGUUCAAAACAUAAGCGACACAAGUCAAAGCAUCUGAAAGACUCUCCGACUGCACCUGAGCCUCAGACCCUCAACACCCUUAAGCUGGUGGAAUAUGAUGAUAUCAGCUCUGACUCUGACACUUUCUCAGAUGAUGUUCCAGCCAAGUCAGAGAAGAGAGAUGAGGAACGAAAGAGCUCAGAUAAAACUGAGAAGUUGCAUAAAUCCCGGCACCGCCAUCAGCACAAACGGGUCAAGGAGGCCACAAAAAUAAAACAGUCAGAAAAAGAGAAGAAACCAGAGAAAGUUCAAGAGGCAACUGUGAGCAAGGUACCUAGUUCCAAAGAAAGGACAACCAGUGCUGUCAAAAGGACUGCUGAAGAGCAGGAAGAGCGCUCUUCCAAAAAUAGCAACAAGGAAGCUCGGACGUUGAAGGUACGAGAAAAAUCUAGACGAGAGAAGGAACUGAAGGCUGGGCACAAGGACCGGAGCAAAAGUCACCGCAAAAGGGAUUCUGCCAAGCGUUAUAAAACUUCUGAUAGUCCUAAGAGAAAAGGUAGAAGCCCACGAAGAAAAUAUGGCAGCAGUCCCAAGCAAGAUGACAGCUAUUCAGAAGCAUCGGGUGGGCAAGACUAUGAUAGCCCACCUCGCUCACAUGCCUCCAGCAAUUAUGCUGAUGCAUACAAAAGGAAUAUGGACAGCCCUGGAUACAAAGAACCUGCUGCCUAUCAGAGCAAUACCCGUUCACCUAGUCCUUAUAGCCGCAGGCCACGCUCAGUUAGCCCGUACCGAAGAAGAUCAUCCAGUUAUGAAAGGGGAAGUGGCUCCUACAGUGGAAGGUCACCAAGCCCAUAUGGACGCAGGAGGUCCAGUAGUCCGUUUGUAACUAAGCGGUCAGUGAGUCGAAGUCCAGCCCCCAGAAAAUCUGCGAAGUCCCGAAGUAGAAGCCCCAUGUAUUCAAGGAAGAGUUCCUCAUCUUCUCGGAACAAGAAGCAGAAGUCACAGUCGCGAAGUCGCCAUUCCAGUAUUUCUCCUGCCCGCCUACCCUUAAACUCCAGCCUUGGUGCUGAGCUAAGUCGCAAAAAAAAGGAACGAGCAGCUGCUGCUGCACGAGAGUCUAAGGGCUCCCCACUUCUUUUAAAAAAAGAUAGCAGUGAAGGAAAAUUAAUAUUGGCACUGGACUCUAAAAAGGCAACCAAAAUCCUCAAACUGGAAAAAUCUUCCUCUGAUACGGAGCUGCUGACGGUUCCUGAUACAGAAGCAAAGGCAUUUACUGGGUUGUCAAAACUAGAGGAGGUGGAGAAAAAACCACAGUUCCAAGUAAAGGAACCUAAAUCAUUAGGGAUAAAGGACUGCAUAUCAGCAGCAAUUAAAGAGGAGGUCUUAACGCCAAAGGAGGGAAUAACGGACAAAGAAAAAGAUGUACCUCCCCCGCUGCCUCCUAUAAGGUCCCCUCCGCCUCCUUUGCCAACCUGUUCACCACCUCCUCCUACACCUCCUCUCCCCCCUCUUCCUCCAUCACCUGCAACCUCACUACAUCCACCACCUCCUCUCCCACCUUCAUCAACAGUGACUUUCCAGCCCCUCCCUACCACUGUGGCUGCAUCCUUGACUUCCUCCUCUAAUGUAAAGGCAUCUACAGUGUCCACUCAGGCAAACUCUAAGCACUCACUGCACUCGCCUUCCAAACCACAGGUUGCAGUCACACUUUCUAUACCGCAUCUUAAGACCUCAACGUUGCCUCCAUUACCACUCCCACCGCUGCUGCCGGGAGAGGAUGAUCUAGAGAUCCCCAUGGAUAUUCCCCCUUCAAAACCUACAAGAAAGGAGAAAGAACACAGACCUCGUCACCUUCUUACUGACCUUCCACUUCCUCCUGAGCUCCCUGGAGGAGAUCCAUCUCCCCCAGACUCUCCAGACUACAAAGUAGUGACACCUCCCCCACAACCUAUACGGAAGAGACCAAAAAUUUGCUGCCCACGAUAUGGUGAGCGGAAGCAAACAGAAACAGACUGGGGAAAGCGUUGUGUCGACAAAUUUGAUAUUAUUGGUAUUAUUGGAGAAGGCACAUACGGGCAAGUGUACAAAGCCAAGGACAAGGAUACAGGAGAACUUGUGGCCUUAAAGAAAGUACGUCUAGACAACGAGAAAGAAGGGUUCCCUAUUACUGCCAUCCGUGAAAUCAAAAUCUUGCGGCAGCUCAUUCACAACAGCGUUGUAAAUAUGAAAGAGAUUGUUACAGACAAACAGGAUGCUCUGGAUUUCAAGAAAGAUAAAGGUGCCUUUUAUUUAGUGUUUGAGUACAUGGACCAUGACCUUAUGGGUCUUCUAGAAUCUGGAUUAGUGCAAUUUUCUGAGGACCACAUUAAGUCUUUUAUGAAACAACUGAUGGAAGGAUUGGACUACUGCCACAAGAAGAAUUUCCUCCACCGAGAUAUCAAAUGCUCAAACAUACUUCUAAACAAUAGCGGACAAAUCAAGUUAGCAGACUUCGGAUUGGCCCGGUUGUACAGCUCAGAGGAAAGCCGGCCCUACACUAACAAAGUGAUUACACUUUGGUAUCGACCGCCGGAGCUGUUACUAGGAGAGGAGAGAUAUACACCUGCUAUAGAUGUUUGGAGUUGUGGCUGCAUCUUGGGAGAGCUCUUCACAAAGAAACCACUCUUUCAGGCCAAUCAAGAACUGCUACAGCUAGACUUAAUCAGCCGUCUAUGUGGUAGUCCCUGUCCUGCUGUCUGGCCUGAUGUUAUCAAGCUUCCUUAUUUUAAUACCUUGAAACUGAAGAAGCAGUGCAGGCGAAGGUUAAGGGAAGACUUUGCCUUCAUACCUACUCCUGCUCUUGAUUUGUUGGACCACAUGCUUACUCUGGAUCCCAGUAAACGCUGCACUGCGGAGCAGGCGCUUCUGAGUGAUUUUCUGAAGGACGUUGACAUCAGCAAGAUGGCCCCACCAGACCUUCCCCACUGGCAGGAUUGUCAUGAGCUCUGGAGUAAAAAAAGAAGACGACAGAGGCAAAGUGGCAUUAUAAUUGAGGAACCACCAACAAUAAAGGCACAACGGAAAGAGAAUGUGGUGGUACAGGCCGCAGAUCCAAUCCGAAAUAACAGCCCAGCCCCUUCACAGCCAUUAAAAACAGAAACUAAUGUCACUGACCUGGCUGUUCUUGGAGACAUUACGCAGCAACUGAAUCAAAGUGAACUGGCAAUACUCCUAAACCUUCUUCAGAGCCAGACUGACCUUAGUGUUUCCCAAAUAUCUCAGCUGCUAAACGUCCAGGCCAACCCAGGCAUGCAGCAGCAACUGGAGGCCCUUAAUCAGUCCAUAACAGCCUUGACAGGGACCAAUGAUCAACCAUCUGAAGCCAUGUCCUCCAAUGAACACUCUGCAACUGAUCGGAUAGGCCCUGACGGAGCAGUCACACAGGGAGAGGUGCCAAAUGUUCUAGCCGUCCUACUGAGCCAGCUUCUUAAGCCACAGGAGGGGUUGGAAGCCCCUGGUGAAAGUAAUGGAGAACAGUGUGAGAGUAAUACACCUGUUCAUACAAGGCCAGAGAAGGAGGAAGAGGAAAUUGUCGUUGAGCAGGAGGUGGAAGAAAAUGAGGAGGAUGACGCAGAUGGCAUCAAAGGAAAUAAUGCUGCUGCUCUUCAUCCUCCUAUUUUACCUCCAGAGAAGAGACCACCAGAGCCUCCUGGGCCACCACCUCAUCCUACGCUAUCAUCUCUUCCAUCUCUCCCAGAAAAAGACAGAAAUGAUGCAAACCAAACUGCAAAUGCUGCACUUAUGCAGUUGUUUUCUCAUCCUGAGACAGAUCUACCCUUAGUAAAGGUCAUUAGGGAAAGGCAAACACAGCUUCCACCUCCAGACUACUCGCAAGCCUUGCCCACCAGGACUUAUAGCUCUGAGAUGCCAGAGGACAUCUUUAAUGCUGGGCCAGAAGAUAGAGACUCAGGGCAGCUGCUAGAAGAGGGCUCUCCGCCAACUUUAGGGAAAAGUAGGACAUUAUUUGGACAGUUGGAGGAAGCAAGUAGCUACCAGGGAUCAGGAUCUCUUCAGUUUCCAGGAGACCAAGACCUCAGGUUCACUAGAAUCCCACUAGGGAUGCAAUCUGGUUCAGUGCUUCCAUCUGGACAGCAAGAUGGGAGCUGUAAUAGCUCUAAUGUAUAUCAAGACGCCAAAAUUCCAAAUUAUGAGUUGGGAACAGGGACAACCUCAGCAGGGACAAACCAAACCUGGGGGGCUCCAACUCAGGCAUUCAAUAAAGUGUAUCGGGCACCUCCAAGAGGAGGUCAUGGAAAAGGGGUGCCUUACUGAAAGUUAAUUAGCCUACCUGAUAUUCUAAGCAGGUCUAUUAAAAAGGUAAUUGCUGUGAGCUGCCAUGAGACUGAAUCCUGCAAGGCCCUCCCACAGAUACUCUUAGUGAACAGCAGGAGGUGGGUUUGACCAUUAAUGGAGGGAUUCAUUUCAGGCAGUCGCUAAGUCAAUCAAUUGUGUAAUGUCUACAAACGAGUGUAAGACAACUGCACAAUGAAGUGCUCCUCAGCAUUGUUUUGUUUUUCACGUUUACUCCUGCUGCGUUUGUCUAGACUCUAGCUGAGCAUUGUACUAGUCCGUCUGUGAUGGCAUAUAAUGCUCUUAUAAAGCCACCAAACGGUUAAAAGGUUGGUUGCAUUGUGAAUACACUUUAAAAAUACAUAAACGAAUACCUCGUUCUAAGCCAGAGGAGGCCCUUUUAAAUGAAGUACUGCUUUCUCUGGCGGUAGAAUGGGGUGGGUUUUUCUCAGAAAACUGUAACCUAACUGAGAACUCACUGGAAUGCAGCUGGCUGUGUAUAAACUUGUUUUCUCUUUAUUUUUAAGCAAGUUGGUUUUUGCAUCAUAAACUGAUGGACUUGAUAUAUCAACUUUUGCCCCAAAACAAUGUUUUGCGUUUUUUUUAGUUUUGUUUUUUUGUUCCACCACCCCCAAAGUACCAAUAAUUUUGCUGCCCAUAAGGGAAAAAUUAAAAAUAUCUCGGCACGAA